AUGGUCAAACCCAGUUGGGCAUCUGUUCUCACCUACUUCAUUAUCCUCCUCAACCUUCAUCUGGGCAGUGUUUUUGCAACUAUUCCCACAGACGCACUUGCCCAACAGAAAUUGGACAAAGUUCUUGAGCUGCCUGGUCAGACCUUCAACCUGAGCUUUGCACACUAUGCUGGGUAUGCCACUGUCAAUGAAGAUUCUGGGAGGGCUCUCUUCUACUGGCUUGUUGAAGCUGCUGAGGACCCUGGUUCUAAGCCUAUUGUUCUCUGGCUAAAUGGAGGACCUGGAUGUUCAUCAAUUGCUUAUGGGGAGGCAGAGGAAGUUGGUCCAUUUCAUAUUAAGGCAGACGGGAAGACCCUAUAUUUGAAUCCUUACUCUUGGAAUCAAGUUGCUUUAUUCCACUGCAUCAAGCGUGUUGCUAACAUUCUAUUUCUUGAUUCACCUGUUGGAGUUGGUUUUUCUUAUUCAAACACUUCCUCUGAUUUGCUAUCCAAUGGAGAUAAAAGAACAGCCGAAGACUCUCUAGCAUUUCUAUUGAAAUGGUUUGAGCGCUUUCCCCAGUACAAGGGAAGAGAAUUUUAUAUCACUGGAGAGAGCUAUGGAGAGGAGUGGUACAUUAUUGCCUCCCAUCAUUUGGUUCUCUUAGUAUACUUAUUGCUUUGGGAUGCAGACAUUAUGUUUCCUCAGCUAAGUCAAGCAAUUGUGAAGUACAACUUGGAAACUAAGGAAAAAGCAAUUAAUCUGAAGGGUUAUAUGGUGGGCAAUGCUCUGACUGAUGAUUAUCAUGAUCAUUUGGGGGUUUUCCAGUUUAUGUGGUCGGCUGACAUUGCUAGUGCAGAACUUGGAAACAUUGACCCUUACAGCAUCUACACCCCUGCAUGCCCUGCUAAUGUUAGCCAGUCAAAUCGGCUGCAGAAACGAAUGCAUAAGGUGGGCCGCAUCAGUGGGAACUAUGAUCCUUGCACAGAGGCACACUCAGCUGUAUACUUCAAUCUACCCGAGGUUCAAAAGGCUCUCCAUGUUAAUCCAAAUCAUGCACCAUCUAAGUGGGCAACCUGCAGUGAUGUGGUAUACACCACUUGGCAGGAUUCUCCUAGGACAGUGCUGGACGUCUACAAGGAGCUGAUACAUUCAGGACUUCGUAUAUGGAUGUUCAGUGGUGAUACAGAUUCUGUGAUCCCAGUUACAUCUACCCGAUACAGUAUAGACGCUCUUAAGCUUCCAACUGUCAAGCCCUGGCGUCCCUGGUAUGAUGAUGGGCAGGUUGGAGGAUGGACACAAGAAUAUGCUGGGCUGACAUUUGUGUCGGUGAGGGGAGCAGGCCAUGAAGUCCCUUUGCACAAACCCAAGCAAGCGCUCACACUCAUCAAAGCUUUCUUGUCAGGAUCUUCAAUGCCUUCUUCAGAACUUGUCAGUGACUCUUGA